CUCAGCAUCUGGACAGUUUUGGGCCCUUUCGCUUUACUCCCUUCCAUUCAACCCCCCAUCCUUCCAAUCCAUCUUUCUGUGCUUCUCUCUACAUCUCCAGGUGAGAUAGAUUGUGUACAGCGGUGCGGUCUGCUCAAAAAGACCGCCCAUCGUCACAAUGAGGCCAUCUACCGCAGUCGCAGCGCUCUGCGGGCUGCUGUUCUCAAGCAGCUUAGUAUGCGCCGACUCCUCGACCAGCUCGCGAGUCGCUUUACCCGCAGACUUCAAGCCCCAGCAGGUAUUCAAAAAUGUGAAUCUGGUCCGGAAUACCAAUUUGGAGAAGGGAUAUGUUCGAGAAACCGUCAAUGUUGUCGUUGAAAAUGUCGAUAAACAACCCCAGAGUGACUACUACAUACCGUUCCCUUCGGACGUCUUUGGCAAGGUUGGCGGAUUGGAGGUGAGGGACAAGAAGGCUUCGGAGAAGGGCAGAUUUGUCGUUGAAGCUCUGGAAGUCGAGUCACCAAGCGACUACCAGUACUUUGUCGUUCACUUCCCUGAGCCGCUUGCGCCGUCCUCUCAAAUCACAUUGGGAAUCUCAUACUUCCUCCUCAACUCUCUCACUCCACGCCCCGCCGCCAUCGGCCAAGCUGACAAGCAAUAUCUCACCUAUUCUUUCUCCGCUUAUACUCCGUCUGCGUACCAGACGGUGACUCAGAAGACCAAGGUUAAAUUUCCCAAUACCAAUGUGCCCGACUACACAACCACUUCCGGCUUGAAGUCCGGUUCCGAUCCCGAGCGUCAGGGCACCACCUACACUUACGGUCCCUACGAUACGGCCAAGGUUGCUCCAGGGACUACUUACCCUAUCACUGUGCGCUACGAAUUCACCAAACCCGUGAUCACCGCGUCCUUGUUGGAGCGGGACCUGGAGGUCUCCCACUGGGGUGGAAACCUGGCGACGGAAGAGCGGUACUGGCUCCGCAACAAUGCCUCCAUGCUCUCGAAGCAAUUCUCUCGCGUGGAAUGGACUUUGACCAGCUACCAGCAGUUGCCGUCUUCGGCGGUCCGUGAACUCAAGUAUCCUCUCAAGCCUGGUUCGGUCGAUCCGUACUUCAUCGAUGACAUUGGCAAUCGGGAAGGAUCCCUGGAGCUUCGUCCUCGUUUCCCAAUCUUCGGUGGCUGGAAUUACAGCUUCCGCAUUGGCUGGAACGAUGAGCUCUCCACUUAUCUGCGUAAGGCAGCUACCGGCGCCGACUCCUAUGUGCUGAAGGUCCCUUUCAUCGAGGGAUUUAAGGUGCCUGAGGGAGCUCAGUACGAGAAGGCCGUUGUCAGAGUGAUUCUCCCCGAGGGCGCGCGAAACGUCCGGUAUCAGGUUCUGGAGGGAGCUUCCAGCAAUGGCCUCCCUAGCUCGAGCCAGAUCCAAUCUUACAUUUCCAAGCAGAAGACCUACAUGGACACAUUGGGCCGCACAGUGUUGACCCUGACGGUCGAGAACCUCUCGGAUGAGGCUCGCGAUUCUCAGAUAGUGGUUACCUACGAUCACUCCUUCUGGGACGGCUUGCGCAAGCCCUUCACCAUCACUGCUGGAAUGUUCGCUGUCUUCGUUACCGCGUGGCUCAUCGGGAACCUUGAUGUCAGCAUCAAGAAGCGGUGAAGCCUUUUUUCUUGUCAUAAUAUGAGAGCAUUUUCUUUUCUUCUUGUCUCGUACACAAAGAACGCAGAGAUAUGUACAA